AUGACAAGAUGUAAAAAUUGAUGAUGCCCUAGAAAACAUUUCCCAGUUAAGAUAUUAAAACAAAAGCAGAAAGAAGAAGAAUCAGAAGGAAACAGAAAAAUGGCGAAUUCAGUUCUUAUGCGUCCAUUAAUGUUAUCUGCUUUCAGAACCUCACUUCUCAUUCAAGCGAGAACCCUAGUUUCUCUAACCACCAUUCCUUCCCGCAGAAUCUCCGUUUCGGCUAGGGGUAGUAAGAAUACUAUCAACCUCCAUCAAGUCUUCAACAACGCUCACAAAUUCGAAGGUCUCUACAAUUUCAUGGGAACAAAGAGAUUCUCCAAUCGAGCAACUGAGGUCAAUAGUUCAGGCUCAAUUGACUCCCCUCUCAUUCAGUCCAUGGAGAAUAAGAUUAAGGAAGAACUAAAAGCAGAAGUAGUUGUUGUUAAGGAUGCUUAUGGAGAUGGUCGUCAUGUCAGCAUUGAUGUUAUCUCCACGGCCUUUGAGGGACAAUCAGCUGUUAACAGGCAGAGGAUGGUCUACAAGGCGAUAUGGGAGGAGCUCCAAAAUACUGUGCAUGCAGUUGAUCAGAUGACCACUAAAACCCCCACCGAAGCAGCAAAUAGGUAAAACACACCUCUGAAAGGAAAAUAUGGAUGCAGAAUCCCAUCCCAUCAGUCUGUGCCGUUUCGUGAGGAAGCACAAGUAUUUCUUUUACAUAUUCAUAACUGUUGCAUUUCCUUCUGCAGCUGCAUAUCUUUGUUUAAGCAAUUGGUACUAUUCACACUAUAUGAUCUAUAAAAGUUAACUGUCAUGGCAUUCUUUAUGGUAAUAUAAUUUCUUAAUCAUUAAAG